AUGGCGUCGGUCAAGUUACCUUGGGAUGUGGAGGAAGAGAUACUGUCUCGGCUCCCACCUCGAUCUCUUGUUCGGUUCAGGACAGUAUGUAAACAGUGGAACGGUCUUUUCAACGACAAGAGGUUCGUAAACAACCACUUGGCUUGUGCCCGUCCUCAAUUCAUCUUCCUGACCGAAUCGAAGAAGAUGUACUCGAUAGAAAUCGAUCCGAGGGGAACAAUAGGGCUGCAAGAGCUACCCUAUGAUUUUCCAUGUCAGCCUACGGAGAUGGAAGAUACAACCAUCACGGCUUGCGAUGGGUUGUUAUUUCGUAACUUUUUCAGGCACGGUAUUGCGGUUUGGAAUCCGUGGUUGAGACAGGUUGCAUGGUUCGAUUACAAAAAGAAACGUUUCAAAUUUGUCGGAGUAGGAUACGACAGUAGCAGGCCCGAAAUGGGUUACAAAAUCUUGGGAUAUUUUUUUCGAUACCGUAGAGUCAGACCCGGUCUCGAGGUAGGUUACAAAAGACUUGCCAUCUACGAGUGUUCUUCCCGCACGUUGAGGUAUAUUGAUGAUGCCCCUUAUGAGCAGUGGCCCUCCAGGGAUCCUCCUUUGUCCGUGAACGGGAAUCUCUACUGGCUUUCUUUUAAUGGCGAGACUCGUGAGUUUUACAUCCGAAUCUUUGAUUUCUCCAAGGAGAUAUUCAAACCCUUUUGUCUCCUGCCUUGUCCGGUGGACUUUGAUAGAAGUGAAGUUGUCCUCUCUGUUUUCAAGGAAGAUCGGCUAUCCUUGUUCAGGCAAUGCUUCGAAACUGGUAAGAUUGAGAUUUGGGAAACGAAGACGAAUAUCGACAGAGAGGAGGAUGCCGUGUGGAUCAACUUGAUGACUUUGCCAACAACCAACUUGCCGAAGCUAGUUUAUAAGAUUUGUGGCAUUAGGUACUUCAUCUUUGACAAGACACUUAUCAUGUGUUGUGCCGACGGAGAAAAUAAAGUGGCUUGCGUCUAUAUGGUGAGGGGAGAUAUGUUCAAGAAGAUUCAGAUACAUUCUGGGAUUGCUAUGUUUUCUCACUGUCUCUAUCUUCCCUGUUUGGUCUCGGUUCCUUACCAUAUAGCAUCAAGUUCCCUUCUUUGA